AUGCAGGCUAUCUCUCAGCAGCGGGCAUUCAGCAGCAGCAUGCGGCCUGCCACUCGGGCUCGCACGGUGGUGGUGCGCGCCAGCCAGUCGCUGCAGGGCAAGGUUGUGUCCACGUCGAUGAACAAGGGCGUGGUGGUGGCGGUGGAGCGCCUGUCGCCCCACGGGGAGUACCAGAAGCGCGUGCGCAUCACCAAGCGCUACAUCGCCCACGACGAGAACUCGACCGCCUCGGUGGGCGACUACGUGCGCCUGGAGGGCUGCCGGCCGCUGAGCAAGAACAAGCGCUUCACCGUGGCCGAGGUCGUGCGCAAGGCCGACUAA